AUGUCUUCAAGGAAAAAGGUUCUUCUAAAAGUUAUCAUCCUUGGUGAUAGUGGCGUUGGCAAAACAUCCUUGAUGAAUCAGUUUGUCAACAAGAAAUUUUCCAACCAGUAUAAGGCAACAAUAGGUGCUGAUUUUCUCACGAAAGAGGUAAUUGUCGACGAUAGAAUCGUCACGAUGCAAAUUUGGGAUACAGCAGGACAAGAGCGAUUCCAAUCAUUGGGGGUGGCGUUUUAUCGUGGGGCGGAUUGUUGCGUCUUAGUUUUUGACGUAACUGCCCCAAACACGUUCAAGUCCUUGGAGAGUUGGAGAGACGAAUUUUUGAUACAGGCUUCACCACGCGACCCUGAAAACUUUCCGUUUGUUAUAUUAGGUAAUAAAGUGGAUUUGGAUAACCGUGCCGUGUCUGCAAAGCGUGCACAGCAGUGGUGUCAAAGUAAAAACGACAUUCCUUAUUUUGAAACAAGUGCCAAAGAAGCUGUGAAUGUCGAACUUGCUUUUCAGACUAUAGCUCGCAAUGCCUUGGCGCAAGAAACUGAAGCCGAGCUGUACAAUGAAUUUCCUGAUCAAAUCAAGCUGAAUGCCAAUGACAAUGGUCGCAACAGGGAUGGAGAUAACUGUGCUUGC